AUGAAAGUUUUGAUUGUAUUGGCACAUCCUGAAAAAGCCUCUUUAACCAGUUCUCUGGCCAUGUUGGCCAAAGAGACUUUCGAAUCGCAAGGAGAUGAAGUUAAGGUUAGUGAUCUUUACGGUCUUGGUUGGAAGAGCAAUGUCGAUAAAGAAGAUUUCCCCGGAAAUAAUUCGGACAGACUUUUUGUCUGCGACGCCUCCAAGAAAGCUACGCGAUCAAAUAGCCUAACCGAAGAUGUCGUGGAAGAACAAAAAAAAUUACUUUGGUGUGACACAUUGUUUUUGGUGUUUCCGCUUUGGUGGUUCUCAAUGCCUGCAAUUCUCAAAGGCUGGGUGGAGAGAGUCUUCUCCUACGGAGUAGGCUAUGGAGUUGGCGUUCACGAUAGUACCCAUUGGGGUGAUAGAUAUGGCGAAGGGACUUUUGCGGGGAAAAAAGCUAUGGUUAUAACUCUUGCUGGAGGCUGGGAGUCUCAUUACAGCGCGAGGGGCAUAAACGGUCCAAUAGAAGACCUUUUGUUUCCUAUAAACCAUGGAAUUUUGUAUUAUUCGGGAUUUGAUGUUCUGCCACCACUUGUUGCAUACCGUUCAGAUUCGGUUGAUGAUAGUUCUUUCAAAAAGCUGUCUCUUAAGUUAAAAGAAAGGAUUAUUUCUCUUCAGGAAACGAAACCAAUCGCAUAUAAGAGGCAAAAUUAUGGUGACUACACGAUACCAGCUCUUGAACUUAAGGGCGACAUCGGAUGUGGAUGUGGAGGUUUCAGUUUGCAUAUUAAAAACUGA